AUGCAUUCGCGCUCGGUCCCCGCGACCGGGUCGGUCGCGUCGUCGUUCCUCCCGGGGAUGAUUUCGAAGAGGACGACGGUUUUGAAGACGACGACGCGUUUACGAACGAAAACGACUGUUUCGAGCAAGCCUCGUGCUGCUGGAAAGUUUCCCCGGCGAGGGUUUUGCGGCGGCGUCCGCGUGGUUUCUUCGUCGUCGUCGUCGUCGUCCGGAAGAGGAGGAGGAGGAACAGAAGGAGGAAGCGGAGACGAAGAGGAGGAAGAAGAGAAGGACGAUGAUUCAACCGAGAAGGAGGAGAAAGAAGCGCGAAAUGAGGCGGAGACUCCUCCUCCUCUGCCGGAAUCUCUUUCUCGCGGAGCCGCCGCCGCUUCGCGUCGAGCGCCGAUACUGCCGGGAGGACCCCGUCGUCGUCGUCGUCCCGAUGAAAGGCUGAAAACGAAAGAAGAAGAGGAAGAGGAGAACAAGAAGUUUGAAAAGCUUCAGAACAGCUUGUUUUUAUCCUUGUUAGUGACGGAAGGCGCGAUAAAAGGGUCGGCGAUGACGGCGUUGGGGUUAUUAUUGAACGUGAAAGUGAUUGAUUCGUUUCGUUUUUUGAGCGAGAGCGCGAGCGGAGGCGACGGGGAUGUCGUGCUUCUCGGGACCGGCGUUUCGUCGGCGGUUGGCGUCGGGAUCGCGUGCGCGAUGCCGUUGGUUUUGAUCGACUUUGCGAUUAUGAAUCUGUUUUUUCCCAGCGAAACAAGCACUUCUUCUUCUUCUUCCGAUGCGUCCGAUGCGCCUUCGCUGAGGACCGCGGUGUCCAAUUACGCGAAAGAAGCGUCGUUGAACAACCCGUGCUUGAACAUGCCUUUUUAUAAAGACGCCAUCGUCGCCUCUGUUGCACGCGUCGCGGACUCGUUCGCGUGCGUUUUCACGCUUGGAUUUUUAUUCACGUGGAUAACGGAAAGAGGCGUUGAGUACGGUUUUGAGGUGUACGAGAUUGAAAAUACAACUAAAUGGCUCGCGCUCGCGGCGACGGUGUUGGGUAAGGAGGCGAUGAUUUUUUAUGAAAGUUAUCGAAGAAAGGGUUUUGGCGCCGGUGGCGGUGCCGACGGUGAAAAAGCAGGAGGUAAAAAAGAGAAGAGAGCGCCCGGGAUGAGAGCGUACGUGGUGACGCGAGAUAAAAUCACCGGGAAGGAAAAAAUGGAAGAGAUCACCACGGAGAACAUCGAGGCGAAGAAGAAGAGAGGCGAAAAAUUGGAGCCGCAAGAGUUGGCGAUUGAAUCCGCGAUGUACAACAUGAACGUUCGUUCGACUAUCGACAAUUGGCGCGAAAGAAUUUCAAAUGGUUUGCUUGGUUUCUCGUUUGUCGUUUCCGGCGGGAACGGAGCGGCUCCUUUGGUUGGAGGUUUACUCGGCGAUUUACUCUUUUGCGUGUAUCAAAGAAACAACGUGAAAAAAUAUCUCGAGAAGUACGGUGUGGAUGAUGAAAGUAAUAGCAGCAAUAGCAGCAGCAGCAGUAGGAGUAGGAGUAGCAGCAGCAGCAGUAGCAGUAGCGGGAACAAAAUGAGAACAUCUAUUGCUGUGGCCAAAGCGCGACAGCGCGAGAUGCAAUCCGUUUUGGUGAAGAAGAUGAAAGAGAAGGAAGGAGAAACGAAUAAUACAACGGCGAGUGAAAGCGUCGGUACGAGUAGCAGUACCAACAGUACCAGCAGUCAGAAAAUCAACGACAUGAUACAAGCGGUACAAAAAGAAGCGUCGCUCGUCGCUCGUCUCGUAGUCGAAGCCGACGAGAAAGAAUCUCUUCUCUCCUCGUCGUCAACACCGGCUCGCGCCACCAGACUCAACGCCGAACGCAAAGCCUUCAAAACUCUCGAGAACAAACUGCCAAAGCUCAUGACGGGUCUUUUCGACGGAGAAACGCCCGAACUUUCCGAAUACGAAGUCGCGUUCAAAGAAGCUUCGAACUUUUUGCGAACGGAGAAAGCUUCGCUCGAAUCCAAGAUUCAAUCCUUCGACGAAAGCAUCGAGAAAUACCGAGCGAUGUUUGCUUUCAUAUUUUCGAACGACGACGUAAACGACGAGGACGAGGACGACGUCCGAGAAAAAGAAAACGAAGUUAGACGAGAAACAAAUUUAGAAGUAGGAAAGAAAACGAAAGACGAGGGCGGCGGCACUGCCGUUGAGGCGAAAGAAGAAGACGACGGGGCGUCCUUCGCGGAAAAGUUUGCCAAUUUCUUUUGA